UGGGGACGUACAGCCUCGAGAUAAUGUUUCCACCCGGCUGUUUUACGGGAGUGCACCGGGAAAGACAUCAAGGAUGGAAGUAAGAGACUCUAAUGCAGCGAUGCUCAGCAACUAUGAGGUGUAUCAGCUGCUAUCAGAGCUAAAGGAGAAGAGGAAAGAGAGUGUUAAAAACAAGCACAGCACUGGGCAGCAAAACCUUAACACUAUAGUGUAUGAGACACUUAAGUACCUCUCCAAGACACCAUGUGCUCGCCAAAAUCCUGACACUGUGAAAGACUUCCUUAGUGCGAUGCUUCCACAUAAACUCACCAAAGCAGAGAAAUUGCAGCUGCUGAACCACAGACCACAGACGGCUGUUGAGAUCCAACUGAUGGUAGAAGAGAGUGAAGAACGGUUGACAGAAGAACAAAUAGAUGAGCUUAUUCAGUCUGUCACCGACAUCCUUCCUGGAGAUCCACAGCAAGAAGGCAGUGCUGCCGAAGGUGCCGAAAUGGACGUGAGCACAGAUCAGUGAUUUAAAAAAAAUCUCAAAAUUUCUUCACAUAAUUAUCAUUAAACAGCUGUUUGAAACUUCAGUUUAAUUAAAAUGACAUGCUGUGUUAGUUGUUUGAAGUUUUGCUUCGGUUAAUUUUUUUUGUAUUACCUUUUUUUUUUGCACUGGAGUACAUAAAGAAAAUUACAUUUAUUCAAAACUUAUUUUAAAUAAAGCAAUGCAGAUCUUCUAUGUGAACUUGUUAAUUUAUAUUGCCUUUCAGCCUGCAACCUUUUACAUUCAUUUUUUGUGUAACGUUUUGCAACUGAAGCUUGCAGCAUGUGUGCACUUUUACUAGUAGCACGUUGGUAUCAGAUUUGCAAUGAUCAAAACAGAGAGUUUUGAUAUUGGUUUCCAAAUCGAACUGAAAAUUAAAUGGCAUCUUUGUUUUUCUCAGUCAUACGCUGCCAAACCACAAAAGCCCCAGUCUAUGUGAGAUUACCCAUGAAAGGCAUGGUUCAAGACAGUUUCCACAAUCUCUCGCUUUUUUUUUUUACAGUGCAAAAUUAAAGAAAGAAACACUGCACAUUCGACAUGCUUUAAACAGAAAAUUCUGUAAAGCUAAGCUGUUAGUGAAACAUUUUGAGGUUCAUUACAUUAAUGAAAGUUUGUAUUACUUAUACAUGUUGUAAUAAAUAAAAGCUGAAUCAUGA